AUCAAGGUUCGUCGUCUCUUCCGUGCUGUGCUUUCUGUAGGGAUCUGGUCCAACGUUCUAGAAUCUUUGUGGCAGCGCGUCCAAAUCUAGCUGCUUGUGAUAGGAGUUCUUCAACGGGGUCGAUCACCAGCUGUGUAAAGAUGAACGUGGGUGUAGCACACAGUGAGGUCAACCCAAACACGCGUGUUAUGAACAGUCGCGGAAUGUGGCUGACAUACGCUCUUGGAGUUGGAAUGCUUCACAUCGUCUUACUCAGCAUUCCUUUCUUCAGCGUCCCUGUGGCGUGGACACUGACCAACGUCAUUCAUAACCUGGGAAUGUAUGUGUUCCUGCAUGCAGUCAAAGGCACUCCUUUCGAAACCCCAGACCAGGGUAAAGCUAGACUGCUAACUCAUUGGGAACAGCUAGACUACGGAGUGCAGUUCACCUCAUCGCGAAAAUUCUUCACUAUUUCUCCUAUUAUCCUGUAUUUCUUAACAAGCUUUUAUACAAAGUAUGAUCCAACACACUUCUUCAUCAACACAGCUUCUCUUCUCAGUGUCCUAAUUCCCAAACUUCCACAGCUACAUGGUGUACGGAUCUUCGGCAUCAAUAAAUACUAAACGGGAAUCUCGGGAGCCACAUGUAAUUUUGAGCGCACACAUCCUUGGCACUUUCUGUUCUGUUGGAAUGGAUAGCCUACUAGACCGUUUUAACAGUUUAUACAUUAAAGAUCUAACUGCUCCUUCUUUGUAAGCUGUUUAAAUUCACAUGGACUUUUGAUAAGAAGGCGCCUCUCCCAGACUUCUCUGAGAGUAGUAGAUCUCAAGCAAGGGGGCUUCCUUUGUUAGCUGGGCGGGCCCAGCUACGACCUGAAGUUUGAAGUGCAUAAUAAACCAGACUCACCUGAGUUACCAAGAACGUUGGAACACCUCCGCGAAAACUAAUGGGCAAGUGACACGCACAUCUAAAGAAGGAAUUUUCUGAUUGUGUUUUUUCUGUUACAGUUUUGGUUAUAUCAUCAAGUCCAUAUGUGACAUAAACAGCAUUCAUUAGCUAGCAUAGCAUUGUGCUGCAUGCUGUGUUGAUGCAAUGAUCUAGAUGUUUAGGAGUUUUGUAUGUUAUUGUAUUUUUUUUUUUUUACACCACUAUUUAAGUGGCUGUUUGUUGCUUGAUUACUUUGUGAUUUACCCAAAAAGAAAAGCUGCAUGUGGCACUUUCACGGAUGUCAACAUAUUACUGGCUUUCACUAGUGCUACAAGCAUUCGAUAAUCGAUUUUUUUCAGGUAUUCUUUUUUUGCUUGCAUUUGCGGUUUCGUUUAACAGUACAUUCAAUUCAGUAGGGACAUUCUUUAAUUUCUCAUGAAUGUAGGGGGGGCAUUGUUUGUUUUAUGAUGCAUUGGAAUCCCAGAAUUGUCUUGUAAGCUGAUUGGGACUUUAGUCAACAUUCUGUUAGAGAUGUCAGCAGGCUGCUGAACGCAUACUGAGUAGUUGGUACGAAAAAAAGAUAGCACAUGAAAGAGUCUGUAGGGGUUUUGUUUUUUUUUGGGGGGGGGGUUCAGGAUUAUUUAGGAUAGUUUAGGAGACCAGUAUUAACAAUCAUCCAUUCUCCUGCCAUCCCACAACAUAUUAUCUGUUAACCAUUAAAGACAUUCAUAAUAUAGUUAAAAUCCACAGGAGUGGUACGGUUUUCUUUGUUCAUAGUUUUCAUAGAAACCAUGGAAUUUCUUAUGCAAAAAAUAUAUUCAUUCAAUGUACAAUUCAGGCAUAUUACAUUAGCAAUGAAUAUGAACAUUUUGUAGAUAUGAAGUGGGGGCAAAAAAUCGUAUUUUAAUAAGGGUUUGUUACCCUGCGGAUAGGUUUGAUUUAUGGAGGCAGAAUUAUAUUUUAUUUUGCUUUCUUUAAAAAAAAGAAAAA